AUGACUACUGAGAAACAGACGGAUUCAGAAGAGAAAAUAUCCAUCUUCAAGAAAAUAUGCCUGGGUCUUCAGAGUUCUGAUAGAAAAGUAAGGAAACAAACUUACCUGGAUACCGAGAUCUAUUUAUCAAAAGAUAUCGAUUUCACUGACCAAGAACUGCGGGUUUUAUUCACUGAGACAUACAUAUAUUUAUUAAAUGGAUUGAGAGACAAGACUGAAGCUGUUCGAGAGCAAGCAAUAAAAUUCAUAACCUUCCUCAUCAUCCACAAACUUCCCUUGAAUGAUUUCUACCUCACAUAUGUAUUUCCUGUGAUUGUGGAAAGGAUAGGCACUGUGGAAUUGAUAGAAGAAUCUGAGGAAGUUCGCUUGCAAAUGUUGCAACUUUUAAAUGACAUCAUCACAAGGUAUUCAAAUACAGUUCAGUUGAAACCUUUUCUGAAUGAUUGUGUGAUCAUAUUAUGUGAAACUGUCAAAGACAAAUUUCCGUCUAUCAAAGAAUUAAGUUGCAGUACUAUCAUAAAGCUAGCUGCAGCUUUACCCAGAGAUUUUCACAAUCAAGCUGAGGUCUUGAUUGCCCCUGUGCUGAGUUGCUUUGGCCAUCAACGGUAUAAAGUCCGGGUGGAAGCUAUAUGUGCAAUUGGUGAAAUAGUGAUGCAUAGCUCUUACAAGGGCUUAGAUGAAACAGUUGGUCCUUUGGCAGAGAGACUUUUUGACCAGAUUCCUGCUGUCAGACGUGCUGUUGGGAAAGUAGCAGGGAGAUGGCUUCUGGAGUAUAGAGACAGGUACUCCUUCUUCCACAAAAUAUUGCCCUUAUUGCUCACUGGACUCAAUGAUGAGGUAUUGGAAACCAGAAUGGAGGCUGCUGAAAUAUGGGAAAAAGUUGGCAUGCAGUUUCAGAAUGAAAAUGAGAAGGAUCUUAAGGAUGAAUUAGAUUAUCUAGUUCUUCCACCGAAACACUACCCUCCGCACGUGAAACAGCGUCCGAACGUGGGCUGCCGCGCACUCGUCAAGCGCAACAUAAGCAAAAUGGCGCCGGCGUUGGCGCGCGAACUCGCCGGCAGCUGGCAGGAAGAUGUGCGCGUGCGCUGCGGCCAGCUGCUGUGCGCGUUGGCGCUGCACGCAGAGGCUGACAUCGCGCAGACGCUGCCCGCGCUAUUGCCUGCCAUGUACGCGGCGGCGCGCUACGAUCAGGACGGACGCGUCGUGGACAACGUGGUGGUGGCCGGCGAGAUUCUCGGAUGCUUCGUGGGGUACGACACUUGGUCAGCUCUGGUGCUGCCGACCAUCGACGAAGGGCCGCAUUACGGCCAUCUGACCGUAUUGCGGAGCCUCGUUCGGGGUUCCCCCGCCGAACGCAUCGCAGAGUGCGUGGAGGAGAUCGGCAAGGCGUUAGCCGAGGAUUCCGUAUGUUGCAGCAGGAAGAAAAAUUACCAACUGGAAAUGGUAAGAUGUGUUCAAGCGUUAGUCGAAAAACACACCCACGGCACCAACAACUCGACCGGUUACUACCUAUUCAAAAUCAUCGUCAUUCAGUUAUCUCUAAAACACCCAGAAAUCGACGGAAAAAUAAUAGAGGACGUUCUCGACGAAUUGAGAGCAUCUCUCGAACUGAAAUACAAUCGGGAAAUGUGGGAUCUCUACACUGGGCGACUGUUGACGGAGAUCGGCGAUAAUCCCCGAAUUUGGACGACGGUCAGCGAUCACGAAUGCGUCUUUCUUACUGUACUGUCCCGGUGCGAGGAAGCUUUCGGAAAGAAUCUGGAUGCAAUCGGGAAUAUUUUGAGAGAGGUGCUUGAUACCGAGGGCGACGCGGAAUCUAGGCUGAAAACUUUUUACGUUCUGGCGACCGUUUUCGAGAAGAAGGACGUCAUCUUCAAGGAUGCUGUGGGUUUGGCAGUGUUUCUGGAAAAACUUAUUGAAGUAGAAAUCUUCGUGCCUUCACUGGUAUGGCACGCCGGUGCCACAGCGGAAGCGAUCCGGACGAUGGCCGCCUCCUGUCUCCAACACGCUCUAACGCCCUCUAACGAAGUCGAACUAUUCUCUACCGAGACCCUUCGGCCUCUGUCGGACAAGUUGCUGCCGUUGCUCGUAUCGUUGUUGGAGGACGCCUCCUGGCGCAGUAGGCAGAUCGCCGUCGAUUGUUUGACGCUGCUGGGGGAGGAGGACCGCAGGAAGGAGGUGUGGCGGGUCGAGGAUUUGGUGGCGGUGUAUCCUGAAAUCCUCAAGAGACUGGACGAUCCGACCGAGAAAGUUCGCUUGUGUGCCUUGAGAAACUUACCUGUGAUAUUGAGGAACGUUCCUCCGGAAUUCAAGAGCCCUCACUACAAGGCUCAUCACGAAUUGAUAAUCGACACGCUCCUAACACAUUUCGACGAUGACGAUGAACAAGUACAAGAACUAGUUUAUGAUGUCCUGGAAGCAGUGGCUCUCAUCAAUAAGAAAGAGCUGUUGGACAAAAUGGAGCGACACAAGCCGAUGCUGCGUAACCAGAAGGGAUGCGAUCGAAUCAUUCGAAAUUUCGAGAGUUUGAAAAUCGAAGAAAUUGAUUGUUGA